GUCAAACUUCAGCACUUUUAAUAAGGCUGACUAGAAUCCAUUAUUUUCCAUUUAAGAUGAUGAAAUUAGAGAGACAAGGAUCCCACGUGGAAAUUUUCAAAUCCCUCCACGUGCUUUCUUGUCAGCGCACCAGCCUGCAGGGGUUUCAAUCCUUUGCACACUUUCCUCGGAGGAAGCCCACUGAAAACAACUUACAUUCGGAAAGUAUUAUUGUACCGGAAGUGGAUACAACGCUCCGUUUUAAUCUGCCCGCGGCUGUAUCUGCGAAUAGGUUUUUUUGGUUUUCAACUCAUUUCGCUAUUUACUGAGGUUGCUCAUACUCGGGAAAUGCAGAAAAAUAGCAGAGUGCAACCCGAUCUAACCUUAAGUUUUGCACAAAUUAAAUCGGACUCAGGUACCGGGGACUUCCUCCUAGGUAAACGUGCUCGGGACGGCGGCAGCCCGUCUCUCUGCAUGUUUGCUCGGAAGUAAAUUCCCUCCGAACUCCAUGAGAAAUACUGCCAUUGAAAAGUACUGGAAGUGCGGAGCUACGGCGAAGGGACGGCUUUUGCCUCGGGCUAGGCUGACAAAGCAGAUCCCCUCCUUGCGGGUUUCCCGCCCCCGCGGGACUACCCACAAGCCCCAUUGGCCGGUUUCUGGCUGGCUGCCCGUUUCCUACUGAUUAACCGAGAGGGGAAACCAGGCUGCUGGCAAAAGCGGCCGGGCUGCGACUUCAAGGCCGUUUGCUGAGCAUGCUCCGAGCUCCACCCGCUGCGCCGCCAGAGGAACUGCGCGGAGAAGCGGAAAGCACGAAGCAUGCGUGCGGGGGCUGGCUUGGGGCGGCUGCUUUGGACGGUUCAGCCACACCGCUCUUCGUGCAGGAGAGGGACGCCGGCGCGGCUUCUGCAGCCGUGGGUCCUGAUCUGUCGCUCGCACGGCGGCCUCAUGGCUCAGUACGGCACGGAGCAGCGGGGGCAGCUCCACUCGCCCGAUUUCCGCCUUUACUUUAGUAAGUAGCCGCUCGGCAGGACCCGCGUGGGCAGCGGCGGCGGCAGCGGUGACGCUUCCUUCGAACGCGCCGGCGUUCUAUGGAACGCUGCGGGAACAUUCGCUUGCUUUGAUCUUUGUUACAUGGCGUUCUAGGGCGGGGCUUCAGCGCCCAGCGAACACCCGCCCCUCUCCCUCCCUUCUCUGAUGGGUGGGAUUUAAGAGCAAUUAAAAAAGAAUAAUCAUAAUACAGGGUUCCAGGGCGGGACUUGGGCUUGUUCCUCCCCCUUCCCUUCUGAUUGUACUGUCAUUCUAAACGCGUAAUGAAUUACCGGGCGUCCUAGAGCGGCGUUUAGGGAAAGAAUCCUUUCCCGGUGUCGACUGGUUAUACAGUAAUUUAAGAUCCUUUGCUGGAACAGAUCAGAGAUUAAUCUAGUCCGCUAUUGGCGUUUCCUAGUGGGGGAGGGGGCAGUGAUUCAUUUUCGGAUGCCAACUGGAAUCUGCCCUGGCGAGGCUCAAGCUUUACGUUAUAAUUAAAUUACAAAAAUCAAAGCCUGAUUCAGAAUUUGGGUGCGUGGCCUGCCUUGCACUUACAAUCACUUUUCGCAUGCCGCAGUGACAGGAGACUCGGUUUGUAACUCUAAUGUGUGGAUCUGAAUAACUGAUAACCCCGUAAAGUGCAAAUAGCAAACAUAUCACAUACAAGAGUGCAAGUAGUGUAGAGCCAAGGCCACUUGUAAGCAUCCUGGAGUGUGUAUUGGAGAAUAAGGCCAUCUGGCUACUAGCCAUGUUGGCCCUGCUCUGCUUCUGCAGUUGGAGACAGUACACUUCUGAGUAUCAGUUGUUGGGAACUGCAGGACGAGGGAGCGCUCUUGUGCUCUGGUCCUGCUUGCCGGUUCCUCACAGGUGUCUGGUUGGUCACUGAGAAUAGGAUGCUCUACUAGAUGGGCCAUUGGCCUGAUCCAACUGUAUGGCUAUGUGCAUGCAAGAAUCACACAUACACAUCUGGCAGAUUCUUCCAUGAUAGCUUAAUUCUGAAGCAGCCUGUAGCAGUGGGGUGAAGCAGCAGUAUGUACAGUACUGGAGAUCUUCAGAUGGGACCAGCUUUUCCAGUCUGGAAACCAUAUGUGGACUGCCCAUGCCUUCUUCUUCUUCUUUGGUGAUCACUCGUCGCCGAGUAAGAUUGUCUUCCAUAAACACGGUUUUAACAAUGAGUCCGUAAGUGACUGUGGAGGCCAAUUCUGGAUCCACAUGUCCUUCCACAGUGGGGACAUUGGUUUCCGGGCGGGAUUUGACAAAGUGUGGGUUUGCCAAGCGUGCCUUCCUCUUAGCAUGUUUCUCCCUUGCGUCCUGAGUUUGAGUGUCUUCAAAGCCCAUGACACCUUUGGUAAAGGCUGUUCUCCAACUGGAGCACUCACAGGCCAGUGUUUCCCAGUUGUCAGUGUUUAUACUACAUUUUUAAAGAUUUGCCUUGAGACAGUCUUUAAACCUCUUGUUGAUCAGCACUACGCUUUCCAUUUUUAAUUUCGGAAUAGAGUAGUUGCUUUGGAAGACGAUCAUCAGGCAUCUGCACAACAUGACCAGUCCAACGAAGUUGAUGUUGAAGAAUCAUUGCUUCAACACUGGUGAUCUUUGCUUCUUCCACUACACUGGCAUUAGUUCGCCCAUGUAUGAUGUAUGUGGAUUGCCGUACAUGACGUUUGCACGGGUUUUGCUGAGUAUACCUGUGCUAGAAAGGCUUGGCCACAGCUAAUAAUAGUUUCCACUGUGCAAUGAAAAUAAUAGGCCCUGCUUGUAGCUUGGGGCCACUGAGAACAAGAAGUUCUCACCAAUCAAGCUCUUAUCUUGGCUUUGUGGGCAAAAUCCCCUGGCGAAUGCUUGUUCUGCAGGUCAGCCCUCUGCAUGUUUAUUCAGAAGUCAAUUCAGUGUGCCCUGCUGCUGAGUAGACAUAGAACUGAGUUCCUAGGAAGGCAUACCUUGAAUGCUUACUUUUCUCAUUGUUGCAAAGCGUGCCCAGUAAGUGUUGCUGCAGUUGCAGAGCAGAUGUACAGCAGCCCUCGUGGUUAAAAAGUCCCAUGAGAAGACUGAGGGAGCCAUAGCUUAGGGAUGGAGUGCAUGAGUUGUGUGCAGAGAGUCCCACAUUCAACCACCAACAUCUCCAUUAUAGUAUCUCCUCCCUUGCAGAGGUGCUAUAGACUUGCAAGCAAUGUACUAUAGACUCACAGGUACUGUCCCAGUGUUGACCUAGUAACUAGCCUCCCAUGAAGGUAGCUUCAUACAUUUAUAUGUAAGUCUCCUCUACCAUCUGAUGAAAUGAAUCUGCAUAAGCACACACAGCAGGUUAACCACGGCAGUAACACCUUCCUACAGCAUGUUAGUGGUACAGUUCUUUGUGAUUUACUCACUGUUUGUAAGGAAUGGUCCAUCAAAUGGUGAAAUGUGGGCAAGUUCUAACACUGGUUGCUAGUCAUACAACAUAGGACCUGCUACCCUAAGGUUACCAGAUUUUUUUCAAUGAAUCUGGAGACACUUUUCAACUUCAAUUGAUUUUAUAUGGGGACUGAUUUGUAAAUCCGGGGACUGUCCCCAGGAAACGGGGACAUCUGGUAACCUUGCGCUACCCUAUUACCUAGAAAGUUAAUUGAAUUAAUUGAGUUUUUUAUCAUUGGUUUCUUAGAUCUGAAAAUCAUAGUGUUGAGGUGGGAGAGGAGACAAGCUUCUAGGUAUUCUUGAAUGUAUAUUAUUGCUUACUGAUUGUAGAACAGGAAAGCAACCCAGCUUUUAAAGCAAGCUGAAAACUAGUUCUCUGCCACGAUAACGUGAAUUGUUUGUGCUUUGAAGAGGAGGUGGUUAAAACUGUAUUGCCAAUAUUUUAGCUGAGCAAGCAGAGUUUAUAGCUGAAUAACUGCAAACUAGUUUUUUGUACCAGUAGAGAGACAAGCAAUUGUAUACACUGCCUGUGUGUUUGUGCUUAUAACGUUUUGUUUAAUCUUGUAGAGAAUUCAAAGGGAAAAUACAUUUCCCCAUUCCAUGACAUUCCUCUGUUUGCUGGAUCAAAUGAGGUAAUUAACACAUGUAACACUCUUUAUUUGUUGAAAUUGCUGGAAGUUGAGAUCUUUUAAGGUAAGAAUGAGUCUUUCACUUUUAACCUAACUAGUUCUAUAGUCAUAACUUUUUAUUGUCAGGGGAAAAAAUCAUUUCAGCCAAAGUUUGAUUUCAUCCACAUCUCAUCAAUUCUGAAAUUAUCAGUGACAUUUGAGUUGUGGUCUUGCACUGGUAGAGGUCAGGAGACCUCAUUAAUUGCAAUGGCCUGCUUCCUAAAGCAAAAUUCACAGCAGUGUGUGGGUACUAUCCUUUUUUGCAUUCUGGGUUCUUUUGACAUUAUUUGGGCUAACUUGUGUGGUCCACUUGUUACUAAAAUCCUCAUCCUUAUGGUCAUCUGAUGUAUUUUAAAUGUGAGAAGCAAAAGUGAAUAUUCAAUACACAAAUUUGUUACGCCUUAACUGUGUUAUGUGCUUUUGAGAAUGCAUUUUUUGUUUUGGGGCAGAAGUAGUCAAAGAAGCACCAAGUCUAGAAUUAUUUGCAAGAAUUGCAGUAAUGAGGAUUUCCUAUUCUGGAUGAUAGGACAGUCUGCCGAUCCAUUCUUUAUUUUUUUAUAUAGCAUUUUAUUUUUACAAGAAGAGACUAGGAUAGUGCCUUCUAUAGCAAUCCUCGUGAUUACAAAUCAUUACAAAUUCAAAGAUCAACACAUCUCAGGGAUGGGGAACCUCAGGAUGCAUUCCAGUCAGUCAAAAAUUCUCAAGGUUUGUGCAAGCAGGAGUGGCCUAAAAGUCAUCAGACAGAGAGACCUGGAAGGAUGCAUUUGGGAUGCAGGUUCCCCACUCUUACUGUAGUUGAGUUGCUCAUUCAACAAAUAUCCACAACCUUUAAAUAACUUUUUUUGGGGAGGAAGGUGUUGAAUCUAGUUAGUACUAGACACUGAGAUCCAGCGCCGAGGGCCUUCUGGCGGUUCCCUCAUUGUGAGAAGUAAGGUUACAGGGAGAGAAACCAGGCAGAGGGCCUUCUCGGUAGUGGCGCCUGCCCUGUGGAACGCCCUCCCAGCAGAUGUCAAGGCAAUAAACAACUAUUUUACUUUUAAAAGACAACUGAAGGCAGCCCUCUUUAGGGAAGUUUUUAAUGUCUGAUGCUGUAUUGUUUUUAAUAUUCAGUUGGAAGCCACCCAGAGUGGCUGGGGAAACCCAUCCAGAUGGGCGGGGUAUAAAUAAAUAAUAAUAAUAAUAAUUAUUAUUAUUAUUAUCAUCAUCAUCAUUAUAUUAGUAAUUAGCCAGCAAACUCAUAAUAUUUUUGAACACUGGUGCUGAGCUUGACACCUGCAUUCGAUAGUCACUUUAUCACUUGGCCCCAUUUUUUAGACUUGUCUCUUUACAAGUUAGCCUUGUGUAUUCACUGAUUUUUCUAUUUUCCUGUACAGGAUAAGGAGAUUCCUGCAAAGAGGUCGAAGAACAGUGAAAGUGAGGUAUGAUCACAGAGCCCUUUAUUGAGAUUAUUUGCUGUACCUAGCUUUGCAGGGGAAGGAGAAAUGUGGGGGGCUUUUUAAAACUAAAGGCAGCUGUCUGAUUGUUCUCUGAUGUGUUCAGUUCCUUGCCUUCAAGCCAGGGUUGAGGAAAAUUAGGGUGCAAUAAUUCUGGGCAUCAGUAAGAGGAUUUUGCUACACUUGUUGUCUUGUGUCCACUGUAUGGUCUCAAUUAAAUAUUCAUACAUUUGAGCAAAGCCUGUAUUUUUCAUUGCCACCACUCCAGAUGGAAUUUAAUUCGUAUUUCAGUAGACAAAUGUUUCAAGAUACAAAUGUCAUCACUUGAAAGUUCUCAGAUACCCUUUUUGUGUCUCUUUUAACUGGGCAACUUUUUUAAAAUAGUAAAUCCGUCUGCCUAUAGCAGGGACACCCAACUUCCAAGAGACUGUGAUCUACUCACACAAUUCAAAACUGGCAGUGAUCUACCCCUUUUGGGAGGUUCAGGUCAAAGUCGUUGAGCUUUUCUUAGGGAGAAAAAUCACGUUUUUUUUGGGGGGGGGGGGAGAACAAGCCUAAGGAAUACAUGGAAAAAGCCGCUCAACAAGAGAUCACUAAUGAAACAGUCAGCCUCGCAGCAGGAGCUCUGACUUCUGUUCUAGCGAUCUGGAGGACGGGAGGGGGGGAGGGGCUGGAUGGAUGGAAGAGCUAGCGAUUGACCGCAAUCUACCAAAACUUCCCGGGGAUCAACCAAUAGAUUGUGAUCGACCUGGACAUCCAUGGCCUAUAGCAAUAUUUUUCUGGAAGAUAGCUAUACAGUGGAACCUCGGGUUACAUACGCUUCAGGUUACAGACGCUUCAGGUUGACUGUACCAUUACAGGCCAGGGUGCGUGUGGCUGUGUUCACGUGUGCUGUUUUUGAACGCUCUUCCACCUAAAAACUCUGCACACAUGGGAGAAAGAUGGCUCCUCUUCAUUCUGAAAUGUGCUUCCUAAAGAAGUUUACCAGGCCCACUCUGUCAAAUCUGUAAACAUAGCUAUGACGUGGUUUUGUGGGACAGCCUUGCACCAGCCAUUUUGCCUACAGCAAUCAUGAAGCCAUUCAAAGAUUCAGAUUCCCCAGUGUUAAGUAGGACUGCCCAUGAAUCGAUGACUUUUUUCUGGAACUUCAUUCUGCUAUCAAGAACUUUGUGGAUUAAUUUGCCAUGCUGGUCAUCUAGUUUAUCAUCACAGGCGUGGGCAGAGAUGCUCACCUGAACUCCGGCUGGUCACAUCACUGAUUUUAAUGUUACGUAGAGAGGGAGGGGGAAAGUGUUGUGAGAUGUUGGUGUGGUGCAAACAUACCCGCAGGAGCACCAGACUAGCUUUCCCAGUGUGUCUGCACCACAUGACCUUCACAGCUGCCUCUUCCCCUGUACCUCUCCAUAAACAGCCAUGACACUACCAACCAGAGGUAUAAAUCUAUGCAAUCAUCAGAAUCGCUGUAUUUGACCAAGCAGUUUCUUCCACUGAUGCCCCAUGCAAACAACUCAGAUCUGCCUGUCACUUUUAUCCUAUAAGGCAGUCUUCAUGGUCUAUGGCUGAUGUUUGCCAGAUGUAAACGUCCCCUAAAAUUAAACAGUUUAUUAGUUUACACCACACUCUGUCUAUAGAUGUUUCACAGAGCCCAUGGAAAUACUGAUAACCAAGAUACUACCUAAAACUACAGUGGUACCUCGGGUUAAUUACUUAAUUCGUUCUGGAGGUCCGUUCUUAACCUGAAACUGUUCUUAACCUGAAGCACCACUUUAGCUAAUGGGGCCUGCUGCUGCCGCCGCGCCGCCAGAGCACGAUUUGUGUUCUCAUCGUGAAGCAAAGUUCUUAACCCGAGGUACUGUUUCUGGGUUAGCGGAGUCUGUAACCUGAAGCGUCUGUAACCUGAAGCGUAUCUAACCCGAGGUACCACUGUACUGUAAUACUGUGUAUGAUGAUAAUACUGUGUAGUGUGAAUGUGGUCUUUGUUUGGAGGUGGGCCGUAUUUGCCAAUGGGUUGCUCUAACCAUGUUUAGGAAGGGGAGGGACUGUGAUGAACAAGCAUGAAGUCUUGAGGCUGGCUCCCAGCUGGUCAGCCAUUGCAAGCAGAGAGCUAGCACUGUUUCCUUUGACCCUGAAGAGUAUGAUAAUAACCAUGGUUGCUCUGUGCUCAUUCUCUGUAGAUUUGUGUCUGUUUCCCAUUAAUUUCUUAGUUGUUCCUUCCCACCCGCUUUUUCUUCUUCUGUUAAGGUUGUACUUAACAUGGUUGUAGAAGUGCCUCGCUGGACGAAUGCUAAAAUGGAGGUAACCAUGGACAGCAGCUUGCAAAAAAAGUAAUAUAAGUGGAACUUGGCAAAAGUUUGUGGCAGUGCAUCUUCAGGCCCGAAAAGGAUUCUUUUGUGAGAGUAUAAGAUAUAUAAGUUGUCAACGGCUUGAACACACCACAAACAGCAUUUUAAAUAAAGUAUCCCUUAAAUGGAAAGAUGCAUUUAAUAUCACUUGGACUGGCACGUCAAGGGAAUUCCCUAACCCACCCCAAUAUUUUUAUCACCAUAAACAAAUAUGUUCAAUGUACUGUUUCCCUCACUUUGGGAGAUGGGGCAAAUAUAUAAAGCUUGACGCUUUGUUGUGUUGUACGCUAUGGGGAUAAUCAGUUGAAUCAUUUUACAGUAAUCCUCCUUUCUCCUUCCUUCCCAAAUCUCUCCUCUCCAUUUUGCAACAUGUUCCAGAUUGCCACAAAGGAGCCAUUGAAUCCCAUUAAGCAAGAUGUAAAGCAGGGCAAGCUGCGAUACGUGGCAAAUAUCUUUCCCCAUAAGGGCUAUAUUUGGAAUUAUGGGGCCUUCCCUCAGGUAAUAUGGUUCCCCCCCCCCCCCCGUGUGAAAGUUUUCUGUCUCAGUAAAGUCUAGGCAUAAAUCUUGUCAUUUUUUAUGAAUGCAAAGUGGUUGCAUGGAAAACAAAGGUGUUCAGGAGCCUUGUGCAUUGGCUAAAGGGCUGGGGAGACAUUAUGCAACAAUAUUUGCCCAUUAGUUUUGAGAAGUAUUUAAAAACAGAAUGUAUGUGUUCCUGGGAAAAUAGUCAUGCAGGUUCAUAGUGGUCUGAUUCAUGCAGAAUUGUAGCGUUGGAAGGAGCCACAAGGGUCAUCAGUGAAGGAGUCUUUUGCCCAACAUGGGCCUUAAACUCACAACUCUUCAGAUUAAGAGACUCUCAUACUACUAAACCAUGGUUUAGUAAACUAUGGUUUACUAAACCAUGGCAUAGCAUCAUGUGUGAACCCAGUCUAGUAGCUUAACUAUGGUUUAUCGACUAUGGUUAAAGGUUGCCCAUUAACCAACGUUUGUAGCCAAUUUAUAAAACUUAGGUUACAUUAUCCUCAUCUUGGCAUUUUGUGUGAGACUGGACCUCCUCCUCAAUUACGGUUAAGGAGUUGUCAUGUUCCCAAAGCUAUAGACCCACAACAAAGAGUGAUUUUCCUGGCUUUGCCUCCUUUAAUGGGUGAACCUAAUAAACCAAGAUUUAAGUCAUUGUCUGCCAGAUGUUUCAGUUUUAACUAUACUCUAUUAACUAUGGUUAUCCUUAAUAAUGGUUAACAUGAACCAUGGCUUAAUGUUAUGUGUGAACCAGGUUAAUGUCCAGGGGUUUUUCUGCAUAAUGCAUUUAUGUUAUAUUCAAAACUUUGGGCAGAUGGUGAAUAGCAUUGAAGUGGAGGUGGGACAACUGCUGGCCUAUUGUGCGUUAUGUGGAUCUGUUCCAUAGCACCGAUAUUUCAUUCAUUAUAUUUUUGCCUAGGACUUUAUGUCAAAACACCCCCCCCAUCCUGAUUAUAGCUUCACAAUACAGUGGUACCUCGGGUUACAUACGCUUCAGGUUACAUACACUUCAGGUUACAGACUCCGCUAACCCAGAAAUAGUACCUCAGGUUAAGAACUUUGCUUCAGGAUGAGAACAGAAAUUGCGUGGUGGCGGUGCGGCAGCAGCAGGAGGCCCCAUUAGCUAAAGUGGUGCUUCAGGUUAAGAACAGUUUCAGGUUAAGGACGGACCUCCAGAACGAAUUAAGUACUUAACCCGAGGUACCACUGUACCUUAUAAGAGAGGGUUGUUACUUUUCUACAGCAGAGUGAAGAUUUGACCCAGAUCUCUACCCUAGCCAAACACCCUGUAACAUGUGCCCCUCACCCCCAGAAAUUGUUGGAUUCGAACUCCUAUCAUACCUGACACUUGAAGCCACACAUCAUCUGGAGGGCCACAGGUUCCCCUGUAUUAUUUGUUGGGGACACCCGUAUGCCAUUGUCUCAAGGGAAAUGAGAGUCACUAUUAAACCUAGUCCACGCAAGUAGCAUGGCUCUUUAUUUUGGGAAUCUUUGUAACCCAUAGAGACCAGUAAUAAGGCAAACGUUGAUCACCAGAGCUGAAAUUUGAGAUCUUUCCUUGCUUUCAACAGACUUGGGAAGAUCCCAAUCACAAAGAUGAUAGCACAGGAUGCUGUGGUGACAACGAUCCUAUUGACGUCUGCGAAAUUGGUUCCCAGGUCUGUGUUAACUACUUGCUCUAGAUUUUAAUCUAAUGUUUCAGCCAUUUUUUUUCUAUUAUGAAGUAGGAGAAUAGGCCGCAGCAGUCCAACUGGGAGAUAGGGAUCAAAACCUUAGUUUAGACCCGUGGUAAAGGUAAAGGGACCCCUGACCGUUAGGGCCAGUCGCGGAUGACUCUGGGGUUGUGGCGCUCAUCUCGCUUUACUGGCUGAGGGAGCCAGCGUACAGCUUCCGGGUCAUGUGGCCAGCAUGACUAAGCCACUUCUGGCGAACCAGAGCACCACACGGAAACGCUGUUUACCUUCCCACUGGAGCGGUACCUGUUUAUCUACUUGCACUGCGUGCUUUUGAACUGCUAGGUUGGCAGGAGCAGGGACCGAGCAAUGGGAGCUCACCUCGUUGCAGGGAUUUGAACCGCCAACCUUCUGAUCGGCAAGCCCUAGGCUCUGUGGUUUAACCCACAGCGCCACCUGCAUCCCGUGGUACCUGCAACCAAAUAUUGCAGAGUUUCAUUUUACCUAUACAGGGUUCUAGCCAGCUAGCUGUAAACUAGCUGUGAAAGCUCAAAGAAGUCCAGCAAGACAUUUUCCUUCAUCUCUCCUCUUUUCCAUUUUUCCAUUCCGGAUGACGCUUCAUGCUCUGUUUCCACUAGGCAUCUGCAAUGAAUAGGUGGUGUUUGUUUGUUUUAUUGCACUUCUGCAAACCUUGGGGUUCCCUCAGUACGCUAAUAUCUCUCUCAACCCAAUUUUAGCUCUAGUAUUGUUGGUACUCACCACCUGAGUUUGCUAUUAAAGCGAGCGAUGCUGAGACCUUGGGAGAUGAAACAAUACCACUGAUGCGGUAGAAGCAGGCUGGAAAAUUAACACGUCUAGGAAAGAAACUAGGACGUAGCUGAAAAAUAACAAUUGUGGAGUCUUUCUUCUUUGCGGUGCUCUUCUAAUUCAGAAGCUCGUUUUCUGUGCUUUUAAGGUUCGAAUGUUCGGUGAGGUGGUUCCGGUGAAGGUCCUUGGAAUUCUUGGUCUUAUUGAUGAAGGAGAAACUGACUGGAAGGUCCUUGCUCUCAGUGUGGAUGACCCAGAAUCACAGAAGAUUCAUAGUAAGCAUUUUUAAUCUCCCUGUUAAAUCACCCAUUGCACCUAAUCUACAAACAUCCUGUGUUUUAACUGUCAUUGUUAGGAACCUUGAGAGUUGUGAGGCUCUAUGGAGCAUUGAAGAUUGCAAGCAGAACUUUCUCAGCUUGCCCACCAAGCUACAAUUUGUAGUGUUUGGGGUCAAAGCCAUAGUAGCUAAAGAGGUUAAAAAUUGGCUUGAGUUUGUGUUUAUUAGAUCUGAGUUGCUUUGUGACAUGUGAAGGCAUUUGAAUUUGUAACAUAGAAUUCCUAACCAAUCUUUUAAUGGCAUGACUUUCCAGUAUAUAUAAUACCCAUCAUUAUUGUUACUAUGUUGACGUUUGGUACCUUAAAAGAGUAAUAUAAUUUAUUAUGGCAUAAGUUUUCAUGGACUGGGGUCCACUUCUUCAGAUGGACGAAGCGUUAGCCUGAGUUACGUGUGGAUGCAGGUGAGAAUUGUAAACAGAACUGAAAAUCGGAGGGAAAUGAAACGUUUAAAGUACGCACAGUGAUAAUCGCAAUAUUAACAGCUGCCAUUUUUAUUUGGAAAACGUAUCUUUAUUCUUUUCAACCUGAAAGCAACUUCCUCCAAGUUUUUAAGGGACUUCAGUUGGUCCACCAGUUACGACAUUUUAUGGACAGGGAUGAUUUGGCCCCUGAACUUCAUGCUCUGGAUUAUUGCAAUGUUGUCUAUGUGGGGCUUCCCUUGAAGACGAUUCAGGAACGUCAGUGGGUCCAGAAUGCAACAGGAAGAUUUCAGAUGGGUUUCUAUCUAGAUCUCACAUAACCCUUAUUUUAAAACAGCUACACUGGUUGCCCAGUUUGGGCCCAAUUCAAGAUGCUAUUGUUAGUGUUUAAAGCCCUAAAUGACUUAGGCCUGUCUGAAAGGCCUUCUCGAGGGACCAUCUUGAUAGUUCUUGUACCUUCUGAGGCCUGGGGAUGGGUGGCUUGGGAGAGGGCCUUCUGAAUGGCAGUCCCAAGUUGUGGAACUCCCUCAGAGGUGUGUUUGGCACCUUCAUUGUACAUCUUCUGGUGACUGCUGAAGACACACCGCUUUACCCUGGCUUUUUGACACUUGAGGUGUGUAUAUUGUUAGAGCCCACCUGGUUUUGUGUUCGCAAGUUGUUUUGAACUGUGCUUUAAUGUUUUAACCUUCUCUGGGACCUAUAUUAUUGCUCUUCGUGUUCAAUUCUCAGGGUUUUUUUCAGGUGCGAAACCAGAACCAUUAACGUACUGUAUUGGUUCUCCACAGAUAGUGUUUAAAUAUGUUGAGCAGCAAGGAAGAUUUAUGAAUGCAUCGGAGUGAAUUUGAAUAAACAUUCAAUAUUGAGCAGCUUGAAACGUGUGAGCUCCCUUUCCCCCCGCUGCAAAACAUUGCAAAUGCCUUUAUAUGGUCUGAAGUGGUGCUUCCUGUAAAUGUUUAGAAGAUGUCAUUAAAAACAUAUGCCCUCUUCCCACAGGCUUUCUCCCCCUGAAUGCGUGCUGCAAAUUGGGUGUGUUAGCUUUGCUAGAAAAAGAAAAAGGGAGAGGGGAAAUGGCCACACGCGCAUGUGGAGACACACACAUGCACACAAAGUAGUUAUGUACAAAUCGUUUCUCUUGGUGCCAGUCCCUGUAGAGUUGGGAACUGGCAUUCAGUUGCUCAAGGCUGCUUUCAUGCGUUCAUCAGAAGCAUGCGCCAGUUCACAUUAGUGAUCCAAAUAGCCCGGCGUUGCCUACUUUGACUGGCACCACCUCUCCAAGAUCUCUCUGGGGCUGAGGGGGUGGGGAAGGAGCCCCAAAACAUCCUGAACACCUCUCCCCCUGUUCUUCACGAUCCUUUAACUGGUGAGGCCAGAGAAGAGCAGUGGCUCAGUGGUAGAGGACAUGCUUUGCAUGCGAAAGGUCCUGGUAUCUCCAGAUUGGGUUGGGAGAGAUCCUGGUCUGGAACCCUGGAGAGCUACUGCCAUCCAUUGUAGACAAUACUGAGCAAGAUGAGCCAGUAAUAAUAAUAAUAAUAAUAAUAAUAAUAAUAAUAAUAAUUUAUUUAUACCCCGCCCAUCUGGCUGAGUUUCCCCAGCCACUCUGGGCAGCUCCCAAUCAAAUCUUAAAAACAGUACAGCGUUAAAUAUUAAAAACUUCCCUAAACAGGGCUGCCUUCAGAUGUCUUUUAAAUAUAGGUUAGCUGCUUAUUUCCUUCACAUCUGAAGGGAGGGUGUUCCACAGGGUGGGCGCCACCACUGAGAAGGCCCUCUGUCUGGUUCCCUGCAACCUCACUUCUUGCAAUGAGGGAACCGCCAGAAGGCCCUCGGUGCUGGAUCUCAGUGUCCGGGCAGAAUGAUGGGGGUGGAGACGCUCCUUCAGGUAUACAGGACCGAGGCCGUUUAGGGCUUUAAAGGUCAGCACCAACACUUUGAAUUGUGCUCAGAAACGUACUGGGAGCCAAUGCAGAUCUCUCAGAACCGGUGUUAUGUUGUCCUGGCGGCCAGUCCCAGUCACCAAUCUAGCUGCCGCAUUCUGGAUUAAUUGCAGUUUCCGGGUCACCUUCAAAGGUAGCCCCACGUAGAGCACAUUGCAGUAGUCCAAGCGGGAGAUAACUGGAGCAUGCACCACUCUGGCGAGACAGUCCAGUGGUUUGACCCUGUAUCAGGCAGCUGCUUAUGUCCACACAAACCUUGAAUCUCCUGUCUGCUCUGCCGCUGAGUGAUGGUACUUCCUCAUUAUGGAGGAAUAGAGUCCAUUAUUCACCUUGGAGGCACUUUUAGGCUUGCCAGGGAGUUGUUUUUUUCUGUGUGUGUGUGUGUGUGUCAGUCAUAGCUCUCUGCUGCUCAGUGGCAUAGCGUGGGUUACUAGUGCCCAGGUCAAGGCAAGUAUCCUCAGCACCGCUCGCUGAUAAGCUGGAACAAAGGGUUAAUAGCUCACAGCGCCUUAUGAGCAUUGGGCACGGCGGAGAGCGUGAUGGGGGAUUGGUCAGGAGUGGGUAUCUUUCUGAAACCCAUGCAGAGGGUGCCCAAAUCUGCUCCUCAGUCUACCCAUGCGAACAUUGGGAGAUUUUCUGUGUGAGGAGGAAAGAGCGCUAUUUUUUAUUUUUAUUAUUACUACUUUCUCUUUUUUUUCCUAUUGAAAUUUUGCUCCCCCUCGAAUUUUGCACCAAGGGCAACAGCCCCCCCCGCCCACUAUGCCUGUGCCGCUGCUGCCUCAGACAGAAUUGAGCCAUCAUGUACAAAGCCCUAUUUUUUCGACAACAGUGGAGCAGUAGUUGCUGUGAAAGUUUGCUGCAAGAUUCUUCCUGUUGUGUUCUAGUGAGCCUCCAUGCCAAAUCAAGAAAAAAUACGGAGCUUCUGUCUCUCAACAGUCUCUCAACUGUACCUCUGCAAAUUGGUGGAACUGCCUUCUGAGCUGCCAAAAAGCAGCAGUCUCUAGCUCAGCCUUUCCAAGUCUUCUGGACUCCAGCUCCCAUCAGCCCCAGUCAACAUGGUCAAUAACCAAGGAUGAUGGGAGUUGUAGUCCAAAACAACUGGCAGGCACCAGGUUGUGGCAGGAGAACCUGUGGCUCUCCAAAUGCUGUUGGACUACAACUCCCAUCUCCCCUGGCCGUCAACUAUGAUGUCUGGGACUGAUGGAAGUUGGAGUCAAACAACAUCUGGAGGGUGUUCCCCAUCCCUGAUUUGGAGUGCAAAACCAGUGUAAUAAAUUACAUAGACUUACAGUGUUGGUUUUCAGAAUCAAUGUGUACAUUUAUGGCAAAGUAACUGAAAUUAUAUACAAUGCAUGGUAUCUGUUGUGCAUCCAGAACUCUUUGCAAGCAGGGACUAAACCGUAAUCCAUUCACUUUAGUUUUACAGAAACCUCCAUGCACUCACUGAAAUGAAUCGAAUUGUUUCUCUUUGUGGGGUGUGUUUUAUUGGAGACCUUGCAGGUGUCACCUUGUAGACCAGUGGAAGCACUUGCAUGUACAUUUAGACCCUAUGGAGUUGGUGCAAAUUGGGAUAUAGCGCUAUUUUGUGCAUAAGUAUAGAUACCUGUUUUUCUAACCCUUUGCAGAUAUUGAUGAUGUCCGGAAGUUCAAGCCAGGUUAUCUUGAAGCUACGGUUGACUGGUUCAGAUUAUAUAAAGUUCCUGACAGGAAACCAGAAAAUCAGUUUGCUUUUAAUGGCACUUUUAAAGACAAGGUGAGGUACUUCCUUGUGAAAGAUGACAGAUUUGCUAAUGGUUCUCGUUGAAAUUGUACUUUUUGGAAUAAAACUUUCAGAAGAGUUCUGGAAUCUCAUGCAAAAAAGGGUGGGAAUCUCCAAAUAAAGUAAACUUUUAUUUGUGUUAAAAAUGUACACCUGAUAUUUCACCUUUAUAGUUCCAUGCUUGGCUAUGGAACAAGAAGUAUUGAGCCUCACCAUGUAGGAAUAAAGCAGAAGUAGUUAACACACAGGGUGCGGGCCAAAUCUGGCUGGCCAAGCCACAAGAAGUGACCCUCCAGCCCUUCCCCUCUCUCCAGUUUUAUCACUCCAUUUUGCCAGAUAAUAAAUCUCCCUGUCUGUCUUGCUGAGGGUGAUUUAUAUAUAUAUAUAAAAGAGCUCUUUAUCUCCCUAUGGAGGAUCUCUGAAGAACGUUCUGAGUGAUCUUUCGUCUCUGAUCUCGGCAGUCAUCGCAACAAGCGCUGAGAUCUGAGAUAAGCCCCUCUACAUCUUCUGUAAGAGUACAAGACAGUGUUUUCUUCCUCUCCAGUGCUGGCAUGUGGGGAAGGUUCAGACCCUGCCUUUUUCAACAGAUCCAUUAAUGGUGAUAGGAAGGCUACCAAUGCUGACUUUGACUAUGUGCAUGUGCGCCAAUGUAUUUUUGUAUUUGUGUUCAUACGCAGGCGUGUAGGUCAAAGGGAUGGAACAACUCACCUUCGAGGAGAUUACUUGAUACUUUAGGGGGAAAGGCAAGCAAGGCAAGGAGCAUAAUAGAGAUGGCAUGGAGAACGUGGAGAAGGUUUUCCCACCUCUUUCAUAAUCCUUGAGCUCGGGGACAUUCAGUGAAGCUGAAAGCUGUAUAAAAAGAAAGGACUUCUUUAAACUAUUGAACUUGCUCCCACAGGAGACAGUGAUGGCUGCUAUCUUAGAGGAGGACACAAAUUAUUGGAGAAGAUGGCCUCUACCCAUGAUGGCCAUGUUGUGCCUCUACAGUUGGAGGAAGCAGUGCUUCUGAGUACCAGUUGCUGGAAGCCACAGGAGUCCUGCAUGUAGCUUUCCCACAAGCCCCUGGGUGGCUACUGUGAGAACAGGGUCUGAAAUAAAUAGGCCAUUGGCUUGAUGCAGCCGGCCCUUGUGGUCAGCAGUUGUCAGGGUUAUAAGCAGAUGUCAGGGAACUGCCAUCGGCUCAGAGGCGAGGAAUAGAAGGGCAGUUGUAUUACAGGGAGCCCACAAAAAUCUUGCGAAGCACUUCCCUUCCGGGGAGGGAAAGCCCCACCUCUAGUGGGGAAGAGGUGCAAGGACCAGAGGAUGCUGGUGGGAGCCUUAACACCACUCCUGGACAAGCCAGACAGGAGGGAAACACACCCUUGCCAUCGCCCAUACUGCACAGUAGCCUAAGACGCAAAGAGGGGAGGAGAAGGUUGGGGGUAACAAAGCUCUUAUGUUGGGGGAGGUCCAAAGAAAGACCACUCCCGGAUUCUGCUAGCGAUUGAGCCAGACAUGAGCUUUGGAGCUCUUCACUGUAAAUAGUUUGCACCAAAAUAAAACCUGUAAAACACAAGUUUGGGGUCCUGCCUGGUUACUCUCGAGCAACUGCAACAGCCACCUGACAGCAGAUUUUGAAAGAUUGUGACAACAGCAAUAAGAAAGAGAUCCAGUUAGUCUUGUAGACAAUUCUGCUGCUGUAACUUAGGAUGUUUUGGAAGAAACCCCACCUUGUCUUCCCAGUGCCUGCGACUUCCAAAUAAUUGCAUGGUCGUUUGAAAGCUUCCCUUUCCCAAAGUGCAUUGUUGUAAGCUCAUUGACGGUCUGCAAUAUUCUCCCUCUUUGAGGUUGGGGGAAGCUCCCAAGUCUCAGUUAUAUUCUCAGACUGACCUUAAUUAGACACUUUCCAACUGUUUCACUGAGGUCCAGGGAGGGCCGUUGCCAAAACAGCUGGCGUUUAAAAAAUUAAGCAUCUGCUGAAAAGCUUUGCCUAGAGCAGAGCCAAGGCAUGAACUGAAUUAUUUCGCUCUCUGAUUGAACUGUCUUGGAGAGGCUUCACAAAACGGUUCUGGGAAUGCUAAGAGGGGUUAGUCUUUCCCCAAAUAUGGCUUAGUUCCCAUGGCCUGCAUGAAACAUAGCUGUGCUCAGGCCAUUCCAUUCUUAUGAAAUGCACAUUCUCAUUCCUGGUGUGUCUCACCCGCCCCUUCUACUUUUUUGGGAGCAGAUCAGUGUUUUUUUGGAAGUUUCCACAAUGUUUGGUCUGAAUUGGGGGAGGUUACAGCUUCUUAUUUUUAGAAUGGAAGUGGCUUAGCAAAUGUAUUGGGACCUUCCAAGCUCUUGUUCAGCCUGUAGUCUUAAGUGUUCUUUGAGUUCCUGUUUUGUUUUGCAAAUCAUACAAUGUAACAUUGAUUUUAAAGAGGGGGUGGAAUCACAUCUUAAUCGUCAUUUUUUAAAAACAGGCAUUUGCUUUUGAAAUCAUUCAAUCCACCCAUGAGUACUGGAAGGCUUUGCUUCACAAAAAGGCUGAUGGAGGCGCCAUAAAAUGGUAAGCAUUCACUUGGCACACAGAUCUAUUGAAAUCCAGUGUGAAUUAAUGCAAAAUUGACAUGGGUGGCUUUUAUUACAGUGGUUGCCUUUCUGUUCCUGAAGAUCACUUCUGCGUACUGCCUUUGUUGGCAAUUUCACUUAAAUAAAAUAAUUAAGUCACAACCGCAUGAGCCCCGCAGAUUAUUCAGUAAUUAAAUCGUUGUAACGGCUCAAAAAUAAAUUGGCCUGUAAUCUCCUACUUGUAAUUUUGCUUACAAAAAAAGAGAGAGGAAAACCUUGGCUUUUGCUUGAGGAUAUAUUGAGUUUCGUGACUUUGCUCAUUCUAGGGCCUCAUCUGCACCAGAGGUUUAAAGCACUAUGAUGUUGUGCUUUAAACAGUCAUGGCUUUUCCCAAAGAAUGCUGGGAACUGUAGUUUGUUAAGAGUGCUGAGAGUUGUUAGGAGGCUCCUAUUCCCUUCACAAUUCCCAGAGUUCCCCGGGAAGCGGGGUUCAAUCCAGGCUGAAUCCUGAGAAGACAGAAGUACUGUUUUGGGGGGACAGGAGGCGGGCAGGUGUGGAGGACUCCCUGGUCCUGAAUGGGGUAACUGUGCCUCUGAAGGACCAGGUGCGCAGCCUGUGAGUCAUUCUGGACUCACAGCUGUCCAUGGAGGCGCAGGUCAAUUCUGUGUCCAGGGCAGCUGUUUAUCAGUUCCAUCUGGUACGCAGGAUGAGACCCUAUCUGCCCACGGACUGUCUCGCCAGAGUGGUGCAUGCUCUAGUUAUCUCUCGCUUGGACUACUGCAAUGCGAGGCUGUGGGGCUACAUUUACCUUUGAAGGUGACCCGGAAACUACAACUAAUCCAGAAUGUGGCAGCUAGACUGGUGACUGGGAGCGGCCGCUGAGACCAUAUAACACUGGUCUUGAAAGACCUACACUGGCUCCCAGUACAUUUCUGAGCACAAUUCAAAGUGUUGGUGCUGACCUUUAAAGCCCUAAACUGCCUCGGUCUAGUAUACCGGAAGGAGCAUCUCCAUCCCCAUCGUUCUGCUCGGACACUGAGGUCCAGCGCCGAGGGCCUUCUGGCAGUUCCCUCGCUGUGAGAAGCCAAGUUACAGGGAACCAGAGGGCCUUCUCGGUAGUGGCACCCACCCUGUGGAACGCCCUCCCACCAGAUGUCAAAGAGAACAACAACUACCAGACUUUUAGAAGACAUCUGAAGGCAGCCCUGUUUAGGGAAGCUUUUAAUGUUUAAUAGGUUAUUGUUGGAAGCUGCCCAGAGUGGCUGGGGAAACCCAUCCAGAUGGGUGGGGUAUAAAUAAAUUAUUAUCAUUAUUAUUAUUAUUAUUAACUACUCUGGGCAACACCAGCUUCUUAUGUUCCUUCCUGUUCACAUUUUCUAUCAUAUCACUUGACAGUCACGCCCCAGUUGUUGGUAAUUCUGUUCUGUUUUCAGCACCAACACCCAGCUGGAUACCAGUCCAUAUUGCUGCAACGAAGAGGAAGUGCAAGCUAUUGUGCAGUCUGUAAGGGAAUUUUUUUACAUCCCAAUUCUUAAAUGUAUGUCAUUAAUUGAAGCAUAAAAUUUCCAGAUGUGCUGCAAAGUGUAAAACAAAGACCUGACUUGAAAAUCAAAUGGAGAACACAGGUAGGGUGUUUGGGUGUGAUGGCGGGAACGGGGGGCCAGGAAUCUAGGUGGCAAGGGGUAAAAAUAUUUCACAGCUUUAAGUACUGUUUUCUUUACCAUUUCUCAAUCGGAGUAAUUCCAUUACCAGUCUUCUCAAUACAGUGAAUGUAUUUCUCUCUUUACUUAUUUCUCUGAAAGCGCCAUAAUGCUGGAUUUUCUAUCUCACUAAUACUGAAUAAUAGCAAGGUGGACCAUUUGUAUCUCGCCUACUCGGUGUGCUGGCUUUGAUUUGCCCUGUUGUCAUGCGCUACUAGCACUUAAAGCACAUUGACUAGCAGCAAUAUACUCUUAAUCAUAGAACGCGGGUGGUGCUGUGGGUUAAACCACAGAGCCUAGGACUUGCGGAUCAGAAGGUCGGCGGUUCGAAUCCCCGCAACGGGGUGAGCUCCUGUUGCUCGGUCCCUGCUCCUGCCAACCUAGCAGUUCGAAAGCACGUCAAAGUGCAAGUAGAUAUAUAGGUACUGCUCCGGCGGGAACGUAAACGGCGUUUCCAUGAGCUGCUCUGGUUUGCCAGAAGCUGCUUAGUCAUGCUGGCCACAUGACCCAGAAGCUGUACGCCAGCUCCCUCGGCCAAUAAAGCAAGAUGAGCACCGCAACCCCAGAGUCGGCUACGACUGGACCUAAUGGUCAGGGAUCUCUUUACCUUACUCUUAAUCACAAAGAGCAUACUUUAUUGCCUUGUGUAAUUCAGUGUAUCUUGCAGGAAAAGAUAAAAGUGUGUGUGUGUGUUUUAGAAAGAGAUAAUUAUUUAAAAUAUUAUUUUCAGUCCAUCCACAUGUUUCCAUUUUCUUUUUUAAGAACACAAAAACUUAAGCAAAGGAGCUAAAAAUAUCAGAGCCUGCUUUUAUCCUAAAAAUGAAGCCUCGCAUUCUGAUCUGUUUAUAAAUGGGCUUUGCCAGCUGCAAUGAUUGCAUCACUUACAUCGAGAGUUUUCCGCCGCCCCCAGAAGUGUUCCCAGCUAUUUAGCCAGCUGAUUUUUAACUAUUAAUGCCCUGAAGUGCCCAUUUUGUAAACUGAGUCAUGGCAGUUGCACAGAUGCAGGCCGUACAAUGACGCUUCUGUUUUCUAUGAAGAAUCUAAUCCAAGCUUUCGGAGACUCGUCUUCCCCCACUUUUGAUUACAGCAGAAUGCAUAGUGCAUGUUCAGAAUGUACAGCGCAUGCUUUAAAUGUGCUGGAAAAGUAUGGUGCCUUUCAGUGCAACCUUUUUAUUAAAUGAAAUGUAUGCUUGUCUGUUUUUGUUUUGUUUUGUUUUUAAAUCCCUUUUUGUGUGUGCGUGAGCCCUUCAGCUCAGCCUCCAGGUUGCUACACCCUUCUGCAAUUAACCCUAAGUGUAUGUAACUACCGUAUUUUUCGUCCCAUAGGACGCACCGGCCCAUAGGACGCACCUAGUUUUUUGCGCACCGACCCCUCUCGCUCUCCAAGCUUCAGCGAAAGCCUGCAUUCGCCCCAUAGGACGCACACAGAUUUCCCCUUCAUUUUUGGAGGGGAGAAAGUGCGCCCUAUAGGGCGAAAAAUACGGUAAAUUAAUUGCAUGUUCUCCCUUUGUCGACUGCUGCCUCCCCUUCCCUAGUUUCCCCUACUGUCAAAUUUUUGAUUUAUAAGCUUGUUGGAUCGCUUUGCAUGUUGGUGAUGCAAAGUAAAUAAUACAACUGACUGUUCUUUCUGUAGGUUCCAUCCCCUACAGAGGACUAUCCUGUUUCCAAAGAAGGUAAGAUCCAUUUUUCCAGGCUUCUUCAUCCCACAGCUGAAGCCUGCCUAUCAGCCACACAUGUGAUAAUUUACACUCCGUGUUCAAUGCCACAUACAGUUUUGUUCUAGUUGAAAACAAUAUGAUUGUGAAAUGGUGUCCUGUGGUCCUAUUUUCUGUGACCUGACUUGAGCAAGUAGGAUACCCCCCCAUCCCCCAAACACUGGAAUGAUGGCAUGAGACGUUUGCACACCACCUCUAGAACUGGAAUUCUUCUUAAAGGAAAUUCAAAAUAUCUUGUAGUAGGUUUUAUGCAACUUAACAUAUUAUUAUAUCAGGGUCUUUGCUCCUUUUUGCUACUUGUAAGCAUUGCUAACUGCUGGACAUCUGUGAAGCAUAAAUAUUUAGCAGAUCUGUGAGAUCAGGUUGGCACAAACUUGGCGGGGGGGGAGCUUCUGCUAGAAAUUAAAAACAUGUCUGUUUCCCUGCCCCUUUAUGCUUGUUCCUGAUGUUAUGCUUUAUGUUCUUAACAUUUUCUAAGUUGCUUAGAGAAACUUUCUGCAGCAAGCAAUUUAUAAACUGAACGAAUGAUUAUAUAUUGAUUCAUUCACAGACAGCAGUGGUCUGUGUUUGAGUAUUCUGUCCUUUUAAGGAACAGUCUAGUAAUGAAUAAUAUUUGUUCUGUUUUUUCCUUUAGUUGAUAAGUGGCAUUUUCUCAGGCAGUGAUCAUGAGUGUUCCCUGAAGUCAGUCUGUGCCAUCUAUCUACAUCUAUCUAUCUUCUUUACACACAUUCGUUUACUCUCUCUUUCACACACACACACACAUUUUUUUGAAAAUAUGCAAGAGAAUAUAUCACCAAAUGGAUUCUAAAGAUACAAGUCUACAUGUGCUGUGCAAAUUUCUAUCAUGUAAAUAAAAGCAGUGAUUUUACAUUC